UGAAUUUACGUAGGGUAACUCUCCAAGACUAUAUUAAUUUAAUAAUCCCUUCUAAAAGAAACUGAAUAGGUAAUGGCAAGCCAUAAGAACAAAAAAAGGUGAAUAGUUUUCUUACUCCGAUUUAGGGCAUCAAGAAAUGCUGUCAUGAAAGCAGCUAGCUUAUUGAUUAUCCAGCCAGUAUCUGGAAUAAACGCAGUUACGGGGUUCUUGGAGAACAUCUUCUUGGCUACUGGGAGUUCUAUUCCACCUCAAAUAGCUACCACUUUGAUCGGGGUCAUUCAAGUGUUCACCGUUUUUAUCACUUCGUCUUUAAUCGAUAAAUUAGGCAGAAAAAUGCUUCUUUUAUCCUCCGCUUUAGGUUUAGCAGUCUCCCUCACACUUCUUGGACUCUAUUUCUUUCUCUCUAAACAUCAAUUUGCUUUCGUCACUUACAUUUGGUGGUUACCCAUUGUCAGUCUAAUUUUCUACAUUAUCUGUUUCAACUAUGGAGUGGGCCCAGUGUCUUGGACAAUGGUCAGCGAGCUAUUUCCUUCCAACGUCAAAUCUAGUGCGACAGCUAUGGUCUCUGCAACGAAUUUUGGGGUUUCGUUUCAAAUUACCAUAGCUUUUCCUCUUAUUAGUGAGAUGUUGGGUAUGGCACAGUCAUUCUGGUUGUUUGGGGUCUGUUGUAUACUCGGUGCUGUGUUUAUCCUAUUGAUUGUCCCAGAAACAAAAGGAAAAACUGCUGCAGAGAUCCAACAAAUGUUAAACAAAUAAGUAUACUGGAGUUUUAUAAUA